GAUUGCCUUCGGCCGACACAGAGGAACCACAGGCCUUGUGGACGCGUUGCGUGCGAAUUUCCAGGAAGACUGCAGGAUCGAUCGGCGUCCUAGGAACGCGCUUGCGCGGCGGACGAGCUGAUUUUAACACGUGCCCCGAUCGAUGUACGAUCGUACAAUUCAGACAAACCCUCCUUGAUGCCCACGUUGACGCAUGAGGACAACUCAUUACUUGCGCAUCUCCCAUCCAUCGGACAACGUGUCGAGUGGACGGAUCUCAGUUCAGCGGAUGUGGAAAUUGUACCAUUGAUUCAGAACCUGAGCCCCCCAGACCUCCCCCGCACGCUUGUGAGGUGGACAUUCAGUACGACAGCGGCCGCCUCGUCCGGAACAGUACUAGGAUCUUAAGCGACAUGCCUAAGCAGCGCCAAACUUGCACGCGCUGCAGCCAGCGUCGGCAAAAGUGUGAUCGAAGCAAGACAGGGAAGGCACCUUGCAGUCGGUGCGUGCAGAACAACGAGGGCCAUUUGUGUAGCACGGUGUGGGCUGGUGGUUAUGAUCCAGCUGUGCAUCGUAAGUAUCCGAGGAGAUCUUCGCCUACCGCAUCAUGGCCUGCAAGUAGCGAGACUGCUUCCUCACACGAUACUCCACCCUCCUUCCCAGCUGCUGAACAGCUCAAACUGCCAGCCUUGACACCUGAUAUACAAACCCCAUCACGAUCUCGCGAUCAAACGUUACCCUCACACUUCCGAUCUGGAACUUUAUUGGCUGGCCCACUCUCAGCUGUAGGACCGGAAGCUCUAUCGGCAGGAGCCCAUCGAUACCCAGAGAUUACCAUUGGAGCACUAACUUCAGAAAAAGAUGUCUCAACAGUACCUCUAUUGGACCAAGAGUCCAAGAACAUGCGGCCUAAAGAAACAUCGUUCUUCGAAAGGAUGGGAACUGCCACGAACUCUACCAGUUGCUUUUCGCCAGCUGCAAGAGCUGUAGAAACCGUGCAGAUGCAAUCACUCCUACCUUCAACGGAGAAGAUACUAGUCAUGGUGGAAUAUCAUGAACAGUUCUUGACUUACUGGGGUGGUGGUCUGUAUCAUGGCCCAACCUUGAAGAAGGAAAUACGAAAAGCAUCAAACCCCUCUGGCAAGAUCGACUUGACAACUGUGGACUGGCGAUGGACAGGCCUCAUCUUCUCGAUUUUGUCUGCAGGCCUUAUAGGCUCACCAGAAGGUGUCUCUCUUGAGUGGGGCUUCUCGAUUGAGGAAAAGGUCCGUCUGUCAAGGCUAUGGGGGGCUGCGACCGUCACAUCUCUUAACCUUGGUGACUACACAUCGCGGUAUCAUCUGGCGUCCGUACAAGCAAUCAUGAACUUGCACGGUUUCGAGCAUCUUGUAGGCUCGUCAAACCAAUGGGCCGCGCUGCAGAGCGUAGCUAUGGUCAUUGCAAGAGGUCUCAAUCUACAUCGAAUUGGUCCCCACCCAGACGAUGAGAGGUUACCGUACCUUGACGAGGAACAGAGAGAGGCAUUCAUUAAGAGGGAAAUUGGGCGUCGCAUAUGGUACGCUGCCGCAACUCAGGAAUGGUUGAGCUCGAGUUCCCAGCCCUUCCAGGGACACAACAUACAACGAAAACAUUUCACGACGUCGAAGCCAGCCAUAUUCGACGAGGAAACUGUCUUGCCUGUUGAGGAAGGUACACCAACCUUUGCUGUGGUGGGCAACUACUUCUUUGAGUAUGCCUACUUGCUCCUUCGGUUUGGAGACGCCAUGCUCGAAGCCGAAGAUUUGGAUGAAACGUCAAGGUACAACUUGAUCUUGAAGUGGGAUGGUGAAUUGCGAUCGAACUAUGCCGAGAAGAUCCCCAAGUGCCUGUCACAUCGGAUGCCUCUUCAGCCUCAUUGGCCCAAGUGGGUCAGUUGGGCGCGAAGGCUACAUGAAGCAUCAUGCAGCCAUAAGAUCAUCAUGAUUCACCAAAGUUUUUUGAACAAAAGCUUCAAGGACGUCCGCUACACGUACAGCCGUUGGGCUUGCGCGACUGCUGCAAGACAUGUACUCUCGCUGUAUCCGAAGCGGGAGCCGGACGAGCCGCAAUUCUGGGUUGAGCAAGCAUUCUCCAUCACAGCUGGCAUCUGCCUCAUCCUGGACCUAUUCCAUCGAAGUGAGAUCAACGCAGAAGCUCAGGAGUACCUUGCCUGCGUCAGACGAGCUGUCGUCUACCUUGCCUCCUUUCCAACCAGUGCAGUAGCCAACCACGGUGUGCGAGUGUUGACCUCGUUGCUGCAAGAAUACAACAAGAAGGUGGAAGCUGCCCGCGGCAGCACCGACGCAUGGCCCACUUCUCAAGCUGCGUCAUCUCAAAUUCCUCCACUUUUUAAGGGCCUAGAUAAUGCAGCAAUUGGCGAGGCUGAACUUCUGCCACACUCCCUAUCCGCCAAUCCCGAAGUUCCGCUGUCAAAUGAUGCGACAUCUGCGUUCAACUUCGAUAUUGACAUGAUGGAGUUUGAGGAUCUUUUGGACAUUUUGCCAACAGAAAUGGGCGUCGACACCAACGCAUUCUACGAUGGCAUGCUAUCUGCGUCCAGCGGCGCAUACAAUCCAAGCUGGUAAGCUCAAAGCCAUUGUGCGAUCCCAAGCGCAACCGACAGGAUGAGCAAGAAUCGAACUUGACGAAACCUUCUAGGGGCGUGGGCUUUGAGUUACCGAGGCACGAGGAACCCCACCAUAGUCGAACUCCCGCCUUGCAUACCAAUCCAUCAACCAUUACCUCGCAGUCUCCUGCAGUUAACAUUUCAGGUCGCAUACGAUCAGACUACGAGUCGCCGGUAACGCUCGCACAUUGCAUGCCAUGAAGGCCAUUCAGAUUGACAAGUUCGUCACAGAUCUUGGAAGUGUAACACCGAAGGAUGUACCAUCCCCCA